AUGAAGAGUGGUAAACAAUAUAAACUUUAUGCAGAUGAUGAAGAGAAAUUAAUGGAUUUUGCUGAAAGUUAUAAGAAAGAAGUUUCAGUAUAUCUUGGAGAUGAAACUGAUGAUGAAUUUAUAGAAGGUGAAUUAAUUGAAGAAGAUUAUAAACAUAAAGGCUCGAGAAGUAAUUUAAAAAAAUGGAAAAGUUUGGUAUUGAAUAUAAUGAUUGUGUUGGGUGUUAUAUUAUUAAUUUGUAUAACUAUUGAUAGAUCAGAUCAAUUGGGUAAUAUAAAGAAUUUACUUUGGGAAUAUGAAUUACUUGAUGAUUAUGAAAUUGAUCUUGAUGAUAAUUUUGAUUUCCCAGAAUGGAUACCUUCAAAUAUUAUUGAAGAAAGUAUUAUUGAAAAUUUUGAUAAUUUUAUGAAGCAAUUUACUGAUGAAACAAAUAAUGAUAAAUUAGUUAUUGAUUCUAAUUCACCUAAUAAUAAUGAAGAGGUAAAGGGGAAAGAACAAAAAUUUGGACAAAUAUUAGUAAAUGAAGUUAAAGAAUAUGAACAAGAUAAAGAUAAAGUUGAUUAUGAAUUCACAAAACAACCAAGAACUCUUAAAAGUUUAUAUGAAGAAUCUGAUACAAAUAUUGAUUUAAAAGUUGAGUAUAAAGAUCGUACGGAUUAUCCAGAACUUGAUCAAACAAAAUGA